AUGCCUGCUUGUUGCUCAUGGUUAAGUCGGCCAUUGUGUUGUCGACGAGAAUCACAACACGCAUAUAUCUAUUUGUAUACCCCAACGAUGACCGGUUCAUCAUCGUCAUCGUCAUCUUCUUCUUCUUGUCAUGGUUGUCUUGUUUGUAUUCUAUUUGGACUUUGCCUGGCCUUAGUUGUUACCCUAGCAGCUGUACUUAUGUAUCAUUUAAAUAGUACUGAUUUCAUAAAAACAAAAUCUUCUGAAAUAUGCACAACACAUCCAUUGACAAGAAAAUUGCAAUAUCCGGAUUUCGUUAAUACCAAAAUAGAUCUAUGUGAAAAUUUUCAUGCUUUUGUCUGCGACAAAUGGACACGACGAGAAGUCAUAGAAAAUUUCAACGAUAAAGAUGAUUCUGAAGAGCAGUGGACACGUAUGCAAAAUGAAAUUCAUCAGAAGCUUAUGGCAAAUACAAAUGGUCAAUCUAUACCAAACGAAAACGAUCACAUCAUCCCAUCUACUUAUCGAUUAUAUCAAUUAUGUGAAAAUCAAUCACCCUUAAUAUUACUCUAUGAACUUGAACGUUAUUUUGCUAAUCUAAGCCAUCAAGAACCAUAUCAGUCACAUUUAACUCUCUUUAAUCAAACAAAAUUGACAAAUAAUUCAUCAAAAUCAUUGUUUUUUCUUGAUCCGAAUCCAUUUUUUAAAAUUCUUCACUCAUCAUCGAGUUCUUCAAUUGUAACUCGAAUUCAUCAUCGUCCAUUGCCUUCAGCAAUAUUUAUCUUUUCAAAUAUAACAAUCUUAAAUCAAACAGCAUUGAAACAUUUAAAAAACUUUGAUAAUGAUUAUCGGAAAUUUUUAUCUGAAGAAAAUAUUUUAAUUAAAUCCUAUGAACAAGAAUAUAGUCAAGAUUCGUUGAUUGUAAAACGAAUAUUAUCUUUUACAAAUUAUGAACAAUGUCUAUCAUCAUCAUCAUCAAAUCGAAGUAAUGGUUUAGAAAAAUUAAUUCAAUUAUUAAAUUAUUUUCUUCAUUCACGUUUACAUAAAUUUAAUACAAAAUUAGUUGAUCAACAAAUUCGUAUCUUAAAUAAAAUAACAGAUAAUCAUACACUUGUUGAACGUCUUCAACGUAUAAGAACAGACUUAAGAACAAUUGAACAAAUUGUUCUUAUAAAUAAUACAAAUACGUCAUGUAUUCUUAAUUUACUGGAUGAACUACUUGAUAAACGUAUGAGAUCAAACGAAUUGCAUUCAAUGGUAGAUCUCUAUCUAUCAAACAAUACAACAGAAGAUUUUAUUUCAAACGAUUGGCCUUAUUUAUUUAUGUUAUAUGAUCGUUUAUUAAAGAAAACUCCUUUAGAUACUCUAAUCAAUUUUGCAUUUUUCGAUUAUUAUAGACAAUAUGUUUAUCCAUAUUAUCAAUCACAUCUUAAUCCUAUUAAUCCUAUUAAUAUUAAUCAUUAUAAUGAACAUUAUGCUUAUACAUAUCGAACAAAUUAUCCGAGUUUGUCGUGCCAAAUAAAAACUUGUUUUGAUAUAUUCAAUUGUUAUCAUCCUUCUUUACUUAAUCAAUUAAUUGAAAUUCAUAAUCAGACAUUUCUCGAUGAUACCAAAACUUUAGUUGAAAAUCUAAUUAAUCGUUUUCGAUUAUUAACUGAUCAAUCGGAUAAUUUAUUUCUUAAUGAAAAAAAGCAAAUUCUUAAUCAAUUAAAUAAAAUUCAAAUUCGUAUUGGUCAUUAUUCUUCUCAACCUAAUAUUUCUCUAUCAAAUGAUUUCUCAUCGUAUCUUGAAUACGUUCAAUUCUAUUUAAGAAUCCCGUACGAUAAACAAGAACAUUCAUAUUAUAUUGAACCAAUUUAUUAUCCAUCAAAUCAAAUAUUAUAUCUUCCUUUUGGCUUUCUUUCUCUAUCAAACACUUCAAUUGAAUAUCAUAUAAUAAAAAUUCUAUUAAAAGUACUUCGUUUAACUAUUCAAUCAAAUCCAUAUAAUAUUGAAUGUUUAUUAAAAUCAUCGGACGAUGAACAUGAUCCAAUAAAUACAACAAAAUUAUCUUCAAAUGACGAAUCUAUUGCUUAUCUAUUAUUACGUUCAAAAUUUAUAGCCGAACAACGAUUAAUUCUCGAUGAAUAUUUGUGGCCUUUUACAAAUGCUAAUUCAUUAAUGAAAAAUUUUCUUAUUCAUUAUACAGCUAAUCAUUAUUGUAGAAAUUCAAAUGGUCAUCAUGCAUAUCUAAAUAAUACUUAUCUUAUUGAUGAUGUUCAUUUGAUUUUUCAUUGUGAACAAGCUAGUUCAAUUAGACAAUCGAAAUGUACCGUCAAUUAA